CUCGGUAUGGCUGUUUUGCGAUUCGCCUUGUUACUUCUAACUCUGCUUGCUGUACCCUUCUCCGAAGCUGCUCGGCCUAGUUUGUUUGGUUCGAGUAGCAAUGAUGCUCCCAAUAGCACGACGUGGGCCGUUCUUGUAGCUGGUUCAAGCGGUUACUAUAAUUAUCGUCAUCAGGCGGAUGUUUGUCAUGCGUAUCAAAUACUGAAACGGGGAGGGAUGAAAGAUGAGAACAUAAUCGUCUUUAUGUAUGAUGACAUCGCCAAUAACACGAUGAAUCCAAGGCCUGGCGUUAUAAUUAACAGUCCCAACGGCUCUGAUGUUUACGCUGGUGUGCCAAAGGAUUACACCGGUGAAUUCGUGACAGCGGCCAAUUUCUAUGCUGUGCUUCUUGGUAAUGUCUCGGGUGUGCAAGGAGGAAGCGGAAAAGUUGUUGCGAGCAGUCCUAACGAUAACAUCUUUGUGUAUUUCACCGAUCAUGGCGGCUCUGGACUUCUUUGCAUGCCGAACACGCCUUACAUUUACGCGAAUGAUUUCAUGGAAGUUUUGAAAACAAAGCAUGCGAGUGGUACCUACAAUGAGAUGGUGUUAUACGUUGAAGCAUGCGAAAGUGGAAGUAUUUUCGAAGGUCUUUUACCCGAAGAUCUAAACAUCUACGUGACAACUGCAUCGAAUGCGAACGAGAGUAGCUGGGCUACAUAUUGUCCCAGUAUGGACCCUCCCCCACCUCCGGAGUACGACACUUGCUUAGGUGACUUAUACAGUAUUUCAUGGCUGGAAGACAGUGACUCUGAAGAUCUGAGUACUGAAACCUUGGAAGUACAAUACUCGAAGGUGAAGACGAGGACUUACAAUAACGACUCUGCAGAGGGAUCUCAUGUGAUGCAAUAUGGUACUCUAAGCAUAAGCAAUGAAACUGUUUCGGUAUAUCAAGGUUCUGCUCCCCGGAACUCCUCCAUGAGUUCAGUUCAAUCGUUCGACUCCAUGGGUGUUGUCGAUCAAAGAGAUGCAGAUAUCUAUUCCAUGUGGCAAACGUAUAAGAGAUUAACAGAAGGAUCACAACAGAAAGAGGAACUACUCAAGAACAUCGAAGAAAUAACGGCACAUAGGGCGCAUUUGGAUAGCAGUGUCGACGCAAUCAGAGGCUCUUUAUUAGGCAUCGGGCGUGGAACAGGGAGAAAUGAAGGAUCUGCGCUUGUCGAUGAUUGGGAUUGUCUUAAAUCCAUGAUUCGAACAUUUGAGACACAUUGCGGAUCAUUAACUCAAUAUGGCAUGAAACACACACGAACGUUUGCUGAUGUAUGCAACAAUGGCGUUGCCAAUGAAGCCAUGGACAAAGCUUCAAAGAUGACAUGUAGCUCGUAUAAUAUGGGGCAAUGGAAUCCUACGAUUGUUGGUUAUAGCGCAUAA